GUGCUUAAUGGAUCGUUGGAUUGGUUUGUUUCCUCGGGACAGCUACAACAAGGUUGAAAUAUCACACAGUCAAAUGUCAUCCGUUGUAAAUGUCGUUGACUUAACAAGCGAUUCACAUAAGAUUAAUUGCCUCCUCUUACUAGUAAGCCUGGCAGUAUAACCUUACUAAAAGGAGGAGAGGAACAGCUGGCUAGCAGUUUUGUUGUUGUUAGCUAGCUAUGCUAGCGUUAUCUAGCUAGACAGAGCCUUAGGUGUCUCUGGUUCGGCUGUCGGAGUGGCUGUCUGUCCAGACAGGUCAUUUUUACACAAUUUCUUUAUUUGCUGAAAUCUUCUAGUUGCAGGUGUGGAUAGGUUUGGUUUAUAUAACCGCCAGAGAGACGUUGAAGUAAGUUGACUAGCUGGAUAGUUAGAGUUUGGACCUGCCCAGGAUGAGUAGGAAACAGCACCAUUUCAAAGGAGCCGAAGUGAGCUGCUGCGUGAAAUACGUUUUAUUUGGAUUCAACAUUAUAUUUUGGUUGCUAGGUGCAGCGUUCCUAGGAAUUGGACUCUGGGCAUGGGCUGAAAAGGGCGUUCUGUCGAACAUUUCAUCCAUCACAGACCUGGGAGGCUUCGAUCCUGUCUGGCUCUUCAUCGUGGUCGGAGGCGUGAUGUUCGUCCUGGGCUUUGCUGGCUGCAUCGGGGCCCUUCGAGAAAAUACCCUCCUGCUAAAAUUUUUUUCAGUCUUCUUAGGACUCAUCUUUUUCCUGGAGUUGACGGCUGGAAUCCUCGCCUUCGUUUUCAAGGACUGGAUCAAAGACCAGCUGAACUUCUUCAUCAACAACAACGUCAAAGCGUACAGGGACGACAUUGACCUGCAGAACCUCAUCGAUUUUGCCCAGGAAUACUGGUCAUGCUGCGGCGCCCAUGGACCGAACGACUGGAACCUGAACAUCUACUUCAACUGCACAGAACUAAACCCAAGCCGCGAGCGCUGUGGUGUGCCAUUCUCCUGCUGCAUCAAAGACCCUGCCGAAGAUGUUCUGAACACCCAGUGUGGCUACGAUGUGCGGCUAGAAGGAGAACUGAGUCAACAGAAGUACAUCAACACCAAGGGGUGUGUGGGGCAGUUUGAGAAGUGGCUUCAGGACAAUUUGAUUGUCGUUGCUGGUAUCUUUGUAGGCAUUGCACUAUUACAGAUCUUCGGCAUCUGUCUGGCCCAGAACCUUGUGAGCGACAUCAAAGCAGUCAAAGCCAACUGGUGACCCCUGGCUGACAAGGAAGGAUGAAACUGACCUCUGUGGGUGACCUUCAUGACCUCUGCGAGUGACCAUACUGGUCGCUAAAGAGUACUGUUUACAUGCUCAGGGAGCAGAGACCACUCUCCGAGGCCUCCCGAUGGAGGUUUAUGUAAGCUGUCAUUACAAGCAAACAAACAAAAAGUCACCAUCACCCUCUCUACUGUGUGUGCUUGUAUUUGUCGUUUUCCCAAUACGAGCUCUGAGACCUCCCGUGUGGCAGUGAAAGAGGAUGGAGACUCUCUGCCCUGCCCACAUUGGCCUCUUUCUAUCUCUCUAUCUCUGUGGGUGUGUGUGUGUGUGUGCGCGUGUGCACUCGCUGCUGUGUCCUGACCGGAUGCUCCCGGCAGCUCCCAGCCGUCCAUUUGCCAUUCCGUCAGCCCGUGGACCUGCAUGUCCGCAAGACACUACGUUGAACUGCAGCCACACGAAACCUUACAGCAGGGUGAGCCAGGGGGAGGAGUGCCUGGUGUUUCCCCAUCGUCUUGGCCGUCAGUCAAGUUGACUGACACGUGGGCCGCCGUGUCUGAUUGGACGUUUGUCGCACUGUUCAGCCAGAAUUGUCGUACUCGGAAAGUGCCGUGACACAUUUCUUUCUGAGAGCUCUACCACUAUUGUCAACGGAAGAUGGAAAUUUAAUAACUGUGUUUGUGCUUGUUUUGUUGCUGUUUUUAUUUUGUUUUUGUGUUACUUUAUUUCUUGUAGGCGUUUGGAUUAUCCGCAACAAGGAGAAGCUCUUAUCAACACUUGCUGUGUCUCGCUUCAGAUCCUUCUGGAUGUAAUUGUUUUGCUUGAAAAUAGUAGAUAUAUGGUAUAAGUCAAAUGCACACAAACAAGACCCUUUUACACUACGAAACAUGCUGCUUUAGAUCUCCUAGGAGAUUAUAGACUGCUAUACUAACCAAUAGAAACUUGCAUUGAAACUGAGGGGCGAGUCCACUGACCAACAAGACACACCCACUUCUGCAGCCCUCACAUCCUCGUCACUCAUUCUGCCGCCUUCCCUGCUUCUGUGUUCACGCACGUGCGAGCACACGCACUACCGGCCAGGUGUGUGAUGGACGAGACCCCACCUCGGGGGGGCCCCCCGAGCCUCCUUUAGUGGGUGAGAAUCAGAGGCGCUGCAGCCUGGGGCCUGUAGUCACUGCCGCAGAAGUGGGUCAUCCAGGGCACGUAUGGAUAUGGCCAGAGCCUCUUUUUCUAUGCCCCGCCUCCUCCAAGGGAACAUCCUCCCAGCCAGCUUGCAGGUGCUACUGGUCAGGAAGAAAAGCAUGGCACUGUAGGAUUUUGUAUUUUGUGUGUGUGUGUGUGUGUGGGGGGGGUCGGUAUGGGGAGGACCAGGGGUGUACAUAUUCUCAGGUGUUUUCUGCAGGGUUUCUCUGCACGGCUGUAGAGCUGACCAGAAGCAGAGCUGGCAGCGCCCUCUCUGGGUAGACCAGCACACGAACGUGCUGUGCAGACAGUUUUAACCAGCUCUCUAGUCUCAGUAAGUGAGCUGAAUAUUAUGCGUGUAGACUUGACUUGACUAGCCUGGAUAAACGACUCUGCUCCCACGGGGUAUGGGAGUAGAUGUUGAAGGCUCCUGGGUGGGAUUGUAGCAUAAGUAACGG